AAUGUUGAGCAAAAAGGCAAGACAUUUGUGCCUUUUCUUGCCAAGUAUGUUUUUAUAACUUCUCACAAACCAUCAGAAGAAGCUUUUAAUUUUCAUCGAUUUAGAGGCAUGUGGCAUGAUGAGCUAGAUCAGUGCACCACCGAGCUCAUAUUUCAUAAGGGCUUAGAGGAAGAUUUUCACAACAUGCUUUGGAAUAUUAAAUAUGAUAAGGGUGAGUAUACAUGUGAAGAGUUGAGAACCAUUAUUCAAGAGCUUAAUAAAGAUCAGGAUGAGCUUUUGCAACAAUUGCAAUUAGUUUUAUCUUCAAUUUCUAGCAUUACAGCCGCUGCGAGAAAAAAACAAAAAUUUGUAAACGAUUCAGAGCAUGAAAUUGAAAUAAUAAAUGAUAAUUCUACAUAA